AUGGCGACGAUUAAGGAGCGAUUGUUCAUCACUCUCAUUUUUGGUUUUCUAUUACCGCACACAAAAUGCUAUGACCCAACCUGGAGCUCUCUCGAUUCCAGGCCACUCCCCAGCUGGUACGAUGAAGCCAAGCUAGGAAUAUUCAUUCACUGGGGCGUGUUCUCUGUACCGAGUUUUUCUUCAGAAUGGUUCUGGUGGAACUGGCAGGGACAGCCAACGCCCGCUGUAGCAGAAUUCAUGUCGGCAAAUUACAGACCAGAUUUUACAUACGCCGACUUUGCCAAGGAUUUCAAAACUGAAUUUUUCGAUGCAACACAAUGGGCACAACUGUUCCAAAGUUCAGGCGCAAAAUAUAUUGUAUUAGUCAGCAAACAUCAUGAAGGCUUCACCAACUGGCCUUCUAAAUAUUCUUUUAACUGGAACUCAAAAGAUGUUGGUCCAAAUCGAGAUAUUGUUGGUGAGCUGAUGAAUGCCACAAGAAGACAUACAGAUCUGAGGUUUGGCUUGUACCACUCCCUGUUUGAAUGGUUUCACCCACUGUACCUUGCUGACAAGAAGUCUGGAUUUAAAACACAAGAUUUUGUCAAUCAAAAAUCAUUACCCGAACUCUACGAGCUUGUCAACAAUUACAAGCCUGAAGUUGUCUGGUCUGAUGGGGACUGGGAAGCACCUGAUACUUACUGGAAAGCAAAAGAGUUCUUGGCUUGGUUGUACACAGACAGCCCAGUUAAAGACACAGUGGUGGUCAAUGACAGGUGGGGUUCAAACAUCUCCUGCCAUCAUGGUGGUGUGUACACAUGUGGCGAUAGGUACAACCCAGGGGUUCUUCAAAAGCAUAAGUGGGUCAAUGCCAUGACUAUUGAUAAGUACUCAUGGGGUUUCAGAAGGAAUGCUCGCUUGUCUGACUACCUGACCAUUGAAGAGCUGUUGCAGACUUUUGUCAUUACUGUCAGCUGUGGAGGUAACAUGCUGAUGAAUGUUGGACCUCCCAGUCAUGGGCACAUCACUCCAAUUUAUGAGGAACGUCUCCGCCAGCUGGGGUCGUGGCUCAAAGUCACAGGAGAAGGCAUUUACAGUUCUAAGCCUUGGACUUAUCAGAAUGAUACUCUGACCAAAAAUGUUUGGUACACAUCCAAAUCUAGUUCGUCAGGCACCGAUGUUUAUGCUUUCAUCUUUGACUGGCCAUCUACCUCAGUACUCUCCCUUGGACUACCAAAAACAUCUGCAGCUACCACCAUUUCCUUGCUGGGUUAUCAAGAACUCUUUAGCUACAACACCAGGCAACCUACAGGAGUUGACAUUGUCAUUCCGGCCAUUCCAUUUACCAAACUGCCUUGUCAGUGGCUCUGGGUCUUCAAAAUCACAGCCGUUGAAAAUUAG